AUGGUUCUCUUCGACGAAGACCCCGUCACUGUAUGCCUCUCGAUCGCCUCCGACAACUUUGUGACACUCAAACUAACAACACCCACACCAGNNCUCAUCCGCCAAACAACCCGCAACUUCCACACAGACAGCGACCUGCAAUCCAUCUCACGCAUCCACUCCUCGCUCUCCACCCUCCGCAGCGCCCGUUCCUUGCGUCUGAACGCCCAACAAACCCAACUAGCCCAACUCUCUCGAAAAGCCCAGCACCUGCGUGCAACCCACGACUCGGAGGUUUCACGACACGACCCUGCCGCCCAUGCCUCUGAUAUCCUAGCCCUGGACACCGAAAAGUUUAGAGUCGCCAAGGCUGCGAACGAGUUGGAGAUUGAAGGCGAGAGAUUGGGGUCCGAGGUUCAUGUGCUCAAGAAACAGUUGCAGACGUUGGAGGAGCAGGGUGAUGAGGUUGAAAGUGCUGAGAACAAGGCUGAAGAUGAGGUCGUAAAACAACUACAGCNNUUAAAACUCGGCGUCUAUCGCAGCUUGGGCAUCGAUGCAGAGCAAGACCCAAACACUGGCGACUUUUCCCGUGCCGUUAUUAGGAAUACCGCANAAGGAAGCGUCAAUGUGGUCAACCUGGAUCCAAAGUUCGAUCGCUUCUUCUAUGCAAACCACUUCUGGAACAGCAUGUAA